AAUCUAAUGGCUGAUUUACAUUUGUUUACAUUGUUGUGUAUAAAAAAAAAAAAAAACAAUUGUAUAAAAUAUUUAUAUUAAUUGUAAUAAUUUAACAAUUAAUAUAUUAUUUUUUUAAAGCUAUAAAUUGUUGUUUAACAAUUAAUAAUAAUUUGUAAAUAGAAAAAAAUUUAUUAGAAAAAUUUCUACAUAGAAAUGUCAACAAGUCAUGAAAAUUAAGCUUGAUAAAUAAGAAAAACAUUUCUCUUCUCACCAGCUGACAGCUGUCAUAAAAAAAAAAAAAAAACAAAUAUUAUUUAUGUUAAAAAUAAAAAUAAAUAAUCAAUACUCAUUAAUAAAAUUAUAACAUAAAUAUUUAUUUAUAAAUAAUAAUAGUGACAAUAUAUUGUAAUUAAAAAUAUUAAAAAUUAUAGUUUUAUUUAUAUAUUUUGAUUAAAUUUAAUUAUAAAAAACACAAUGGAUAUUGCUAAAAGUUUAUUUAACGUUAGAGAUCAUGAAGGAUAUGUAAAUCAAGAAGACAAUGUUAGAAAAUUAGAACCAGUUGGUCCAGAAGAUGACGAUGAAGAUGACGACGAUGAUGAUGAUGAUAAUAAUUUAUCCAAGUAUGGAAUGAAUGGUCAUAGUUCAGACAUAAUAUCUCCAUCACCAGGUGGUUCAUUCUCUGCAUUAACAUCAUCAAUGUGGCCCCAAGAUAUCCUAGCAAAAUUAAGUGCUCAACCAGAUGAUCAAAGCUACCAAUCAGACUAUCAUUUUGAUGAAUUUGGCUUUCGUAUUGAGGAGCAAGAUAGUCCAAAUAAAAAUACAAAAAAAUUUAAUGAUAUAUCAUUUUGUGAAGAGCCAGAAAAUCGUCAUCAAUGGCUAACAAUAUUAGAACAUAAUCGUAAUCAAGAACAGCUGAGUGAUUCAUCAAGUGAAAAAUUAAAUAAUCAAUUACCCCGAACAGAUAAAAUACGUGAAAUGAUACGUAAUGGUAUACCACAUUCAUUACGUCCAAAAAUAUGGAUGAAAAUAUCUGGUGGUUUAAAAAAAAAAUUAUCAUCUGAAAUGACAUAUCAAGAUAUUGUUAAAGCAUCAAGUAGUGAUGCAUUAAUGACAAGUAAACAAAUUGAAAAAGAUUUAUUACGUACAAUGCCAGCAAAUGCAUGUUUUAAUAAUAUAAAUAGUACUGGUAUACCAAGAUUACGUCGUGUUAUGAGAGGUAUUGCUUGGUUAUAUCCAGACAUUGGUUAUUGUCAAGGUACUGGUACAAUUGCAGCAUCAUUAUUACUUCUUCUUGAGGAAGAAGAUACAUUUUGGAUGAUGUCAACAAUUGUUGAAGAUUUGCUACCAGCAUCAUAUUAUUCAUCUAGUCUUCUUGGUGUUCAAGCUGAUCAAAAAGUACUAAGAACAUUAAUUACAAAUUAUUUACCAGAUAUUGAUAAAGUACUUGUUGUUCAUGAUAUUGAAUUAAGUUUAAUAUCAUUAAAUUGGUUUCUCACAUUAUUUGCAUCUGUUGUACAUAUGAAAGUGUUAUUAAGAAUAUGGGAUUUAUUUUUAUUUGAUGGUUCAAUAAUAUUAUUUAAAAUAACUCUUGGUAUGUUAAAAUUACAUGAAAAUAAUAUUAAAAAAUUAGAAAAUUCAGCUCAAAUAUUUAAUGUAUUAUCAGAUAUACCUGGUGAUAUUAAUAAUAUUGAUGAAUUAUUUGAAUUAUCAUUUGAUGUUGGUAAUUUAUUAACAGAUGUAUUAAUUGAAAGUCAUAGAAGACGUCAUUUAGCAUAUUUAAUGGUUGAUCAAGGUGGUCUUGUUGGUAAUCCAGAUGAAACACCAAAUUUACCAAAACAACAAUUACAUCGUAGACAAAUUAAAAAAACUAAAUCAGUAUUACAAACAUUUUUAUUUGGUGAUACUGAAGAAGAUGCUAAAUCAAAAAAUAUAAGACAAACAGAAAUACUUGUUGAUUUACGUGAAACAGUAUUACAAGUUGCACGUCAUUUUAUAAAUGUUGAUACAAAAACAACAACAAAUAAUUGUAUUAAAAUAAUUGCUGAUUAUACAAUGGAAAGUCAUUCAAAAGAUCAUGAUAAUUAUGUUAAUGUAUCAAAAACAAGAAAAAGAAGAGCAAAAGCAUUAUUAGAUUUUGAAAGACAUGAUGAUGAUGAACUUGGUUUUCGUAAAAAUGAUAUUAUAACAAUAAUUAGUCAAAAAGAUGAACAUUGUUGGGUUGGUGAAUUAAAUGGUUUACGUGGUUGGUUUCCAGCAAAAUUUGUUCAGUUAUUAGAUGAAAGAAGUAAACAAUAUACAUGUGUUGGUGAUGAUGCUGUUAGUGAAGCUGUUACUGAUCUUGUACGUGGUACACUUUGUCCAGCAGUUAAAGCUGUAUUUGAACAUGGUAUGAAAAGACCGUCAUUUCUUGGUGGACCAUGUCAUCCAUGGUUAUUUAUUGAAGAAGCAUCAAUAAGAGAAGUUGAAAAAGAUUUUAAUUCUGUUUAUAGUAGAUUAGUACUUUGUAAAACAUAUAGACUUGAUGAAGAUGGUAAAGUUCUUACUCCUGAAGAGUUACUUUAUCGUUGUGUCCAGGCUGUUAAUUUAACACAUGAUCAUGCUCAUGCACAAAUGGAUGUCAAGCUACGUUCGCUAAUUUGUCUUGGUUUAAAUGAACAAGUUUUACAUUUAUGGCUUGAAGUACUGUGUUCAUGUGUUGAAGUAGUACAAAAAUGGUAUCAACCUUGGAGUUUUAUCAACAGUCCUGGAUGGGUACAAAUUAAAUGUGAGCUACGUAUUCUCAGUCAGUUUGCAUUUAAUCUUAAUCCAGACUGGGAAUUACCACCAAAAAAAGAACAAUCACAACCACUCAAAGAUGGAGUUAGAGAUAUGCUAGUGAAGCAUCAUUUAUUCAGUUGGGAUUUAUAAAAAAAAAAAAAACAUUCCAAUCAUUGACGUAGAAUUUUUUAUUUCAUUUUCUUUUUUUUUUUUUUCUUUGUAUCAUAAAAAUCAUCAACUGAUUAUUGUAACUUGACGAUAGUUUGUAAAUUUUUUUAAAUCAAUUUGCAUUAUUGAUUAUAGAAAUUUUUUAAAUUAAAUUAACUAGUUUUUCUUUUGUGCUUUUUAAAAACUAAAAAGAAAACUUUUAAUAUUAUUAAUAAAUCAUUUUUUUAUUUUCUUUUAUCACUUCCGUCCCUCUUUGAUCUUUUUUUUUUUUUUUUUGAUGAAAAAUAUUUUCACCAAGAACAAGUUAAUUUUUUUUAAAAUAAACCUAUUACUGUUUGUGAAAAAUAGAAAAUUUAUAAAUCGGCCUAGGAUUUUUUUUUAAUGUAUAAAAUUUAAAUCUACGUACUUUUUGUUAUAUUUUACAUGUAUUAAAUAUAUAAAAGAAAAAAAAAAACCUGAAAGUAAGGAUUAUAAUAAAAUAAUAAUUUAUUAACAAUCUUUUUUUUUAAAAAAAACUAUAUUUUAUCCAUUGAUAGCCUCUUGAGCAUCACAAAUAUAUUUACUUAAAAAUUUAA